UUAACUGAAUCUCCCUUUGAUACCACAGGGAUCCCUGUUUCAAUAUGUGUACUUUCCAAACAAACUUGUCUUUUAGUAUUCCAUCUCAGUAAUGGAAUCUACAUUUGUGAAGCUAAAAAGCUAGAAGUUUGCCAGGUUUUGAAUCCUACUUCUACCCUAUACUAGUUAUAAAGAGACACAGUGAAACGUUUGCCUUUAUUCUUCACCUGUAAAAUGGGUACACCUACCCCCUGAAGUGGUUAGGACAAUAAAACAUGGAGUACAUGUUAGCUGCCACUAAUCUUCAUGAUAAAUAUCUGUGACCUCUCUCCUUAAUUCUAUACAUGUAAUUUCAUCAUGAAACCCUGUGAGAGGAAUUAAGUGAUCUACAACGUGACCCACCUGCUCAUUGUUCAGCUGGACCUGUGGGAGAUGACUUGUUCCACUGGCAAGCAACUAUUAUGGGACCUCCUGAUAGCGCCUAUCAAGGUGGAGUCUUCUUUCUCACUGUACAUUUUCCGACAGACUAUCCUUUUAAGCCACCAAAGAUUGCUUUCACAACAAAAAUUUACCAUCCAAACAUAAACAGUAAUGGAAGUAUUUGUCUUGAUAUCCUGAGGUCACAAUGGUCACCAGCUCUGACUGUAUCAAAAGUUUUAUUGUCCAUAUGUUCUCUACUUUGUGAUCCUAAUCCCGAUGACCCCUUAGUACCAGAUAUUGCACAAAUCUAUAAAUCAGACAAAGAAAAAUACAACAGACAUGCAAGAGAAUGGACUCAGAAAUAUGCAAUGUAAAAACAAAAAAAAUUUUCAUAUAUACCAGAGUACUGUAAAUCUAGGUUUUUUCAACAUUAGCAGUAAAUUGAGCACUGUUUACUGUUUCAUUGUACCAUGAAAUCUUUGAUUUUUAUCCAUUUUACAUGUAUUUCUGAAGCAAGACAGACUUCCAAAAAUACCCUUAAGACUGUGAUGAGAGCAUUUGUCAUUUUGUAUGCAUUGAGAAAGACAUUUAUUAUGGUUUUUAAGAUACUUGGACAUCUGCAUCUUCAGCUUACAAGAUCUGCAGUGCAUCUGAAAAGCAACCAAAUUAUUUUUUGCUGAAACUAGAUGUUUUUACAUGAGAAAUACUGUAUGUGUUGUCUAAGAUGUUAUCAGUUUUAUAAAUCUGUAUUCAGAUUUCAUUCUUUGUUAGCUCACUUUAUAAUUUGUAUUUUUUUACUGUAUAGACUAAAUAUAUUCUAUGUACAUGUACCUAAACUCGUUACCUUUUUCCUGUGAACAGUAUUGAAAAAACCCAACAACUGGUAAUUAAAUGAAUUAACUGUCUGUCUCCCUUGUUUUAGGGUAUUCUGUAGAUUGAGUGCAGAUUUCUUAAACCUGAAAUGAUCUUUACACUGUAAUUCUCAGUAUCCUGAUUAUGGAGAAACACUUGUUUUGAUUUUGUUAUACUUGACUUAACUUUAUUGCAAUGUGAAUUAAUUGCACUGCUAAGUAGGAAGAUGUGUAACUUUUAUUUGUUGCUAUUCACAUUUGAAUUUUUUUUUUCUGUAUAGGCAAUAUUAUAUUGACAUCUUUUACAGAUAUUAAUGUAGCUUUUUCCAUAUAAAUAAAAUGCUUUUUCUACUA